AGUGUAUCAGAACACUGAUUACAUGGACACAUAUAUUAAUUAGUACAUAAUUAUUAAAUUACACCUCUGUGUGUAUAUAUAUAUCUAUGAUAAAAGGACGUUUCCUGUAUACAACAACAGUUCUAUUUACGGUAUUACCUUAAGCUACAGUUGAUUCGGGAUUGCAAUGCUAUGUGAAUAAUAUAUAUACUGCACCUUACAGACUAGAAGAAUUUGCCAGUAAUAUUUGACACUGAAAUCGCCCACAGCAGAAGGAUGGACAAAUUUCCUUCAAAUGCAGUAAGGCAUACAGAUGACUGUGACCGUAAAUUCACGCAGAUACGAGAAAAGAGUGAAGCGGAGGGUCACAGUAGCACAAAGUCAUUCGUCAUACUCGGAUUCAUCUUUUUCGCCUCCAUACUUGCUUUGGGCAUUGUUUACCUUAAGUUCCCCAACCUUGCUGAAGAUGAAAAACAGUAUAUAAAACUUCCUAGAAAUAUAGAAGACGCCAAGAACUUAGGCAACGUGUUGUCGCGGUAUAAAGAGGACCAUUACUACCAGGUGUUGGGCGCGUAUUUUAUUGUAUAUGUAUUUUUACAGUCCUUUGCUAUACCAGGGUCCAUAUUCCUCAGUAUAUUGUCAGGUUUCCUGUUCUCAUUUUCUUUAGCACUGUUCCUUGUAUGUUUGUGUUCUGCUUUAGGUGCAUCCUUUUGCUAUCUACUGUCCGAUCUAGUAGGACGACGACUUGUACAGAAAUAUUUUCCAGAGAGAGUAGCUGAAUGGCAAUCUCAUGUAAAUAGACACCGGGAACAUUUAUUGAACUACAUCAUUUUUCUGAGAAUCACACCAUUUUUGCCAAAUUGGUUCAUCAACAUUACUGCACCAGUCAUCAAUGUGUCCCUUUUACCGUUCUUCUUCGGAACAUUUUUUGGAGUGAUACCUCCAUCCUUUUUGGCAAUCCAGGCAGGGACAACGUUACAACAACUGUCAUCGUCGGGGGAUGCAGUUUCCUGGACAUCUCUCAUCGUUCUCUCCAUCUUUGCCUGUUUAUCUCUCCUUCCUGUCUUCCUCAAGAACAAACUCAAGGCCAAGUUUGAUUGAUAAUUACUGAAACUUAGACCUCUUUGUAUUUAUGAUAUAUAAUGAUGCAUCUUUGUACAAUAUCUUAACCUUACAUGGACAUUUUAUCUACUGGCUACACAUAUUCUAUGGAUAAAGGAGAAAUUGGAAAUGAGCCCUAAGGACUAGGCCCUCUAGGUGUAUCAUUGUUUUUAUGGGUCAUUAUUCUUUAAAAGCGUCAGAAAUAACCAUUUUUUCUUGACUUUUACAUUUUUCAACUAGCUCAUGUUCUUUUUUAGUCUCCAAUGCAAAGUUUGAUUAGUACGGUAGAAUUUCUUGAUUUUAUCAGAACCUGAAAAAACACAUUCCAUAUCCUUAUAACUUCUAACAAAAUUGACUGCUCAUAAAUCCGCUUAUCUACUUUAUAUAAGUUAUUUCAACCUAUAAAUCUUAUCAUUGAAUGAUGUGGACAAAAACUGACUGUAUUUAAUGCAUUAUAUUGGUAUGUGAUUGGUGUACAAUAUGUACAAUGAAAGAUUUGAUGAACCUUAAACAUUUUAAAUUAUGGCUGAAACAGGGAUCACUCUUCCACAGUGGGUACAUGUUUCUCUUGUCUUGUGUUUUAUUUCGUAUCACUGAAAUUUAAAUAAUUAUAGAUUCACUCCAUCAUCAACUCUUUGAAAUAUAAAAUGCAAUUACUUGCAAUGAUUUUGCACUUCAGUUGCAUGCAGUCCAGUCUAAUUAGCUAUUUCGGUGCCAAUGACCACAUUUCCUUGGCAACAGCAUAGAUACAUCACCUUGUAUACCUUUCUGGGAAGAAAAUUUGUGACAGAUUUAUGUAAAUGGCGUCUUGAUUGAUGAAAACAACAACAACAAUUAAAUAUUGAGUCAUAGUCUCAGGGUUAUGGGGAAAUCACAAUUAUUGGUGGAGGGGAACUACUUGAGAAUAGCAUUACUACGACCAUCAGGAGAAUCUAAACAUUUUUGACCCAAUAUUUUUGCCGAGUACCGUCAAAGGCUUGAGGAAAUUAGUGUUAUUUCAACCAUUAUACAAGAGACUGUAAUUAUAAUUUCAUGCUUGCUCACUUCUGGUUUAAAUAAAAUAUAUAAAGGUAAAUGACUCUAUUAAAAAAUCUUUCAUAGUUGUAGAGGGAUUAAUGUUUACACGACAGAAAAAGUCUGGACUGUGUCCUUAAGGAUAGUUUACUGGCAUCAUUUAACUUUUUAUAAGGUCUGACUAAACUUUUAGAGAUUAAAAAUACUGAUUUUUUUACAGUGGAUAUAAGCCUAUGAACCUAUGUUACGCUUCAUCAUCUAUCAUCAGCAUUUUUCUUUUAAUAACUUUGUAAUAAAACAUGGCCUGUAGCUUGUUUGGUAAAUGGCAGCCAAUUUUGUACAUAAAAUUUACCUGACACAUUAAAAAGAAAUGUGUUAAAAUCUGCAAACAACCUCUUACCAAGUAUUAGGCCUAGAGUCAUUACAGUAACACAGUAGCUUGAUAAGGGCUUUCAGAUUCGUCCAAAAAAUUACGAUAUAGUUGACCUACCUUCAAGUUCACGAAGGUAAAAUGUGUUCCAUUGAUUUCUCGUGAACUGUGAGACUUUGUGUCAUUCAAUUUUUUCAAAUUUCUUAAACGGCGAAAACCUGUAUGAUCAUCAUAGCUUCUUGAUUGGCAGAGACUGUCCAUUUUAGCAUAAAAUGUAUGUUGCCGAAUAUCUUAACAGGUGAGAAAUACACCUGAUUUUUUUCCAAAUCUAUGAUAAAUUUUCAUAAAGCUAGUUUAAGUGUGAAGUACUUCAAUACAUUGUACAAUAUAUAUAUAUAGUACUUAAAUACAUUGUACAAUAUAUAUAUAUGCUUUUGAAAUUAAUCAAUUUUUUCUGUUUGAAUUUUUUCAAGAUUACAUAAUUUUGAAUUAAAGGUUGUAAUGUUUUGAACAAUUAUGCAUAUUUAAUGUUUGUCAACAUUUGUUUAACCAUCAUGAUUAUAUAUUCAUUCUGCGGUUGAAAUGAUGUUUCCAUUAACUCUUUCACCCCUAUGUAACUUAAAUCAACUCUACCAUGCAUUGAUCUGGAUAAGUCCAUUAUGGUCUAUAGUGGUGAAAGGGUUGAAGAAGCUGGGUGGUUGUUGAGUAGGCAUGCAUCAAGGGUUUAAAUUGUCUCUAAUCCUUUAUUUAAUAAAUGAGGGAAAUUACAGGUCUUAACACUUCUGGUUGGGAUUUUUUAAAAGAAAAUUUUCCACAUUUGGAUUUCCUUUUCUCUGAAUGCUCUUUCAACUUUUGAAAUCUGUCGAUUUAGUAAAGAUUGUGUUUUUAAUGACAAGUUGUGUUUUAUCACUGAAAUGUAUUUCAUUUUUAGAAUGUUCAAAAAAUGGCCCACAGAUUAAAAAUAAAAAUUGCUCAAUUCUUAAAAUAAUUCUCCGUCCUUUAUGUUGGUCUAGUGUUUCACACACAGAAUAAGGCUGUAUUUUAUUGUGGUAUACAAAUUCAACAAAUAAUUCUGUGUCAAGAAUAUGCUAUCAUUUGUUUGGUAGUGUCACAUUCAUAGUGUGAUACUAUCUAGCUGAUAAAACCCUCAAGGCCCUGGAACCCACACCAUGCAUCCAACCAGAGAAAACAUUUCUGAGAUGAAAAAAUAUUUCUGGUCCAUUUUGAUCUGAUUUGUCAUAAAAUCAUUUUCUUUUGUGUUCUCUUUUAAUAUUUGAUGCAAUAUUUAAUAUGUAACUUAUCAUAUCAGUUUUUAUAUCAUUAGAGUUGUUUCUCAAUUUGUUUUUUUCACUUUCUGGAAAUUUUACGAGUUGAUAUUAAAGGCAACAUUUUGGCACAAAGUUGGAAACAAGACCCUUUAUACUCUCUAGAGCGUAGGUGAGCAUACCCCUCUAGAUUAUCGAGUAUGUGAUUAGCAGGGAUCAAGCUAACAGGGGGAUCUUCCUUACGACUGAUUUCAAGGAAUGUCACAAAAUGUUGUCAUUAUCAUUAUUCUUUAUUGGGUUCCAACGUUCAUCCAUUUUCUGUCAAUAUAAAGAAUUACUUGUGUGUGAUGUUUAUCGUUUCUGUUGGUCAUUUGCUGAGUCCGAUAACCCUUUCAUCCCUAUGUAACUUAAAUAAACUCUACCAUGCAUUGAUCUGGAUUAGUCCAUUAUGGUCUACAGUGGUGAAAGGGUUAUUAUAUAUACAAUAGCCCUAUGGAAUGAUAUUAUCGCAAUUAUUUUUUUCAGAAUUAUUUCCUGACCUUUUUUUAAUAGAAUGUAUUAAAAUUGUACUGUUUUACAGAUAUAAAGUAAUUUUUUUAUAAACAGCAAUUGUCAUCAUUUCAAUAGUGUGUUAAUAGUAAUUUGUAUUUUAGUAAGACAAACAUACCUCUAGUAAUUAUUAGCGCCAUUCUAAUGACGUCAGGUUUGAUAACAAGCCUGUGCGCCAUUUUGAGUGGCAUUCUCAACGCAAUUUCAACGUUUUCUGCUAUUUUCUGGUAUGAUUGCUUAUAAAAAUAUCAUAACUGGUAUAUAUAUAUAUAAAUACUUAAG